UGUGGGGAUGUGAUGUCCCUGUCCCUGGCCCCCGAUGGCCGCACCUUUGUGUCAGGUGCCUGCGAUGCCUCCAUCAAGCUGUGGGAUGUUCGGGAUUCCAUGUGCCGACAGACAUUCAUAGGUCACGAAUCGGACAUCAAUGCUGUGGCUUUCUUCCCCAAUGGUUAUGCCUUCACCACGGGAUCAGAUGAUGCCACAUGUCACCUGUUUGACCUGCGGGCUGAUCAGGAGCUGCUCAUGUAUUCCCACGACAACAUCAUCUGCGGCAUCACCUCGGUUGCCUUCUCACGCAGCGGCCGGCUGCUGCUCGCUGGCUAUGACGACUUCAACUGCAACAUCUGGGAUGCCAUGAAGGGUGACCGUGCAGGUGUCCUCGCUGGCCAUGAUAACCGUGUGAGCUUCCUUGGGGUCACAGAUGAUGGGAUGGCUGUGGCUACAGGCUCCUGGGACUCCUUCCUCAAGAUCUGGAACUAACCUCCCCAACCCCAGAUGGGCCCAGGCAGGGAGCAGCCCUGCCCAUACCCACACUACAGGCCCGGAGCUUUGGGGCUGGGCACACAUCCCAAGCCUCCCUCCCUGGGCUACAGGGCCUUGGGUCCUGCUCCCAUACCCAGGUUUGGUUCCUCUUGGGGGGGCCCCCACUGUGGAGAUAAAAGUCGGGGAUGGAAUGGGGGAAGAGGAAGGGCAGGAAAGCCCUCACCCUUUGCUGCCCUGGGGCCAGGGCCUCACCCCUCUGGAGGGCCAGAGGCAGGAGGUGGAAACUCCAGGGGCUGGCUUUUUUAACUGGUUUUAUUUUAAUUUUUAUUAUAUUUUCAGUUUUUCCAUAAAGGAACCACUUCCAACUCAAAAAAAAA